UCCGCCUUCCGCCAUCAGAUUGGUUGCACCCUGAUACUGUGGCCCCGCCUAUUUCCCCGGGUCCUUUGAUCACGCGCCUGCCGGCUCUUCCGGGGCCCGGGAGCCAACCGAGGGCGUUCCUGUUCGGGGCUGCAGCAGUGGGAGGGAGCCCAGUGGAGGCGCCCUCCCGAGGCAGUACUGCCCAUGCUGACUACCCAGCCCUCCGGCUGCCGAUGUCAUGAGUAACACCACAGUGCCCAAUGCCCCCCAGGCCAACAGCGACUCCAUGGUGGGCUAUGUGUUGGGGCCUUUCUUCCUCAUCACCCUGGUCGGGGUGGUGGUGGCUGUGGUAAUGUAUGUCCAGAAGAAAAAGCGGGUGGACCGGCUUCGCCAUCACCUGCUCCCCAUGUAUAGCUACGACCCUGCUGAGGAGCUCCACGAGGCUGAGCAGGAGCUACUCUCCGACGUGGGAGACCCCAAGGUGGUCCAUGGCUGGCAAAGUGGCUACCAGCACAAGCGGAUACCCUUGCUGGAUGUCAAGACAUGACCUGAUCCCCUUAACCCUGAUCUUCAGGACCAUGGGGUCCAGAGCCCUAUAGCCUGUUGCUUCUCUUCCCCCACCCCCACCCCAAUUGCAUCCUCUCAGCUCCCCCUCUUAGUUACUGGGUCUCUCCUCCUCCAUCCCCAGCAGCACCCAUUUCCUAAGCCCUGCAUAUAGCAGUCAGCAGCCCCUGCUAUCACUUAACUCCCCGCCAGGCCAUUGGUCCUUUGUGGGCUGAGCCUGCCAGCCACUCCAGGGCACUGAUAGGAACUUUUCCUUCUGCGGUGGAAGGGUGGCUGGAAGGGAAGCUUUGCCCUUUCCUUGGGCACUGUCUCUAACGACCCCUGACCUGGCUUUGGAGCUGUUUCCAGGGUUACAGGGCCUGAUGUAUAGUAUUCAGUAUAUAUAUUUUGUAAAUAAAAUGUUUUGUGCCUA